UUAAAAGACAAAACCAAUCAAAAAGAUGAGCCAAACGCCGUCGAUAAAAAAUGACGAUGACAUUUGGUCGUAUGAUUCCCUUUUCGACAAUGUUGAAACGCAGCUUAUGUCAUAUCCAUUGCCGGAGCAUACGGAUGCCUCUCUAUGUCGCGAUGAAUUUCUUAAAACCUUAUUCAUAGCCGUCCAGCGUGAGGUCACACAAAGGCGUAAGGUCCCAAAAGUUGAGGCGAUUCGUUAUGAUUCAACAACUGCUGAGGGGAUCGCGAUAUUCGAUAUGCUGAAGAAAUCUCUAAUAGCACCGCCUUCUGAAUCUAUAUCGCAUUAUCGGCCAUCCCUAACGUCCGAACAGUUGGAGAAGCUCUAUACCGUUUGUCUCUACCAGUUCCAGAAGGCUGCCAUACAAUUCCUCUCCGUUAGACUAAGAAAGCAAAUCGAUACACAACUACAUAUUUGGCCUGGGGAGGCUAUUGAAAUACCGCACCAACUGUUUCAUUGGUCGCUGGAGUUUUUCCUACGUCGUCAGAGAGUCAAUCAACUCUAUUUGGAUGUUUUGGUUAUGGAUAGAUCGAAGGCGGAUUUGAAUUGUGCCAAGUUCUGCACCGAUCUUAAUGAAAUCAUACGCCUUCUCGAAUUAAUCAGGGAAGACUUUAAGAAUGGUCGCGAUAUAUGCAACACUUCGUCGAUAAUAAACGAUUCGAACUAUGAGGUAAACUCAACGUGGGUCAGUGAGUUAAACGACUUGCGCAGGGUCUACCACAAUCUCGAUUCAAUUAUCCGGGAUAGUGCAUUUCGUAUUUCAUCACAAUGCGGCCUCGAAUUGGAGGCCGAGGGUGACAAAACAGAUGCUCUAUCGCUUAUUGAGAUGCGCUAUCGCAGCAAUUGGCUGCGCAGCUGUAGUGACCAGGCUCAAAUGUUGUUGCAGAAGAAGGAGAAUGUCUAUGCGGAUGAGAUAAAGGAGCUGCAAAACAAGAUGGUGCUAGAUGUCGCCACAUUUGGAUAUGUUGACUUUGUUUAUCAAUAUUCAAUAGAUUCCUAUAGGUCGUCAAUAUCCGAAUGGCAGGAACGUCUCGCAGUCGACUUAGAGGCCGCCGAACUAAAGUGUAACAUAACGCGUUCUCUUUGGGUAAAGGCCAAAGAUGAUCUCAAAUUCCACCAGGAGGAAGUGGAAAGGUUUAGGCGUCGAGUUAGCGAGGUUAGGGAACUCAUUGAAUUAGAGCAAGCACCCAUUUUACGUCGAACAACAAGAGCAAGCUCUAUGGGCUCCAGAAGCAGAAAAAGCACAUUGAUUGAAAAUAUCAAGAAGAAGAAAAAGAAGUAAUAUGCAUUCAAAUUACAAGUCGCCUAGCAGUAGUCAAACAACAGCUAUUUAGCUUCGUUGGCAACCUAAACAAAGCCAUAUCAGACGUAAAGUUCAAAUUCAUAAACUUGGAAGUGGAAUAGAAUCGAAUUCAUCACAAAUUGUCCAAAAUAAGGAGGGACUUUUCCCUGACUCCCAUAUCAAAAUCAAAGUCAAGCUAAACAAACGAAACAACUUUUGCGCAAACAUUUACUGAAAUGCAUUUGUCCAAGCUGCAAAAUUUAUGUAUGUGCGUGCUUACACCCUGUACAGAUGUUUUAUUCAUUC